ACGGCGCCGGAAACGAACUCUUUAAUUUACUCUUCACUUUUGCAUAUAAAUAUGUCGUCUCAAUAUCAUCCUAUUAUCCUCAUCCUUCAAUAAACAUUAAAAAACCUCUGUUUCUUCUUUAGCAUCAAUUACACUAGCUAAAUGAUGAGUUGCUUCCAAAAAUGGCCUGAGCCAAUUGUCCGAGUUCAAUCAUUGUCCGAAAGCGGCAUCCGAAAAAUCCCCGAUCUUUUCGUGAAGCCGCCUUCGGACAGGCCGUAUGUCACGGAGUUAACAGAGCCAACCUCCGUUAACGUUCCGUUGAUAAACCUCGAAAACCUUAAUUCUUCAAACGAUUUUGUCCGUCAGGAAACACUUGACCUCAUUUCACACGCUUGUCGUGAGUGGGGUUUCUUUCAAGUUGUUAACCAUGGAGUUAGCAACAAACUGAUGGAAAAUACUCUUGCUGUUUGGCGCGAGUUUUUCCACCUUCCGUUAGAGGAGAAGCAAAAAUUUGCGAAUUCUCCUAUAACUUAUGAAGGAUACGGUAGCCGUAUUGGGAUGGAGGUAGGUGCUAAAUUGGAUUGGUGUGAUUAUUUCUUCCUUCAUUAUCUUCCUGAAGCGUUGAGGGACGAGAACAAAUGGCCUUCACUUCCAGUUUCAUGCAGGAAAUUGGCCGCGGAAUAUGGGCUAGAGCUGGUGAAACUAUGUCGAAGAUUAACUAAGAUUUUAUCGAUAAACCUUGGAUUAAACGAGGAUUAUCUACACCAAAGCUUUGGAGGAGAUUGUGAUACUAGUGCAUGCUUAAGAGCAAAUUUUUACCCAAAAUGUCCACAGCCAGACCUUACACUUGGCCUCUCUCCCCACUCCGACCCUGGUGGCAUCACCCUUCUCCUCCCUGACGCCGAUAUCGUCGGCCUCCAAAUCCGCCGCGGCAACAACUGGCUAACUGUUAAACCAAUUCCAAAUGCCUUCAUUGUCAAUAUUGGAGAUCAAAUUCAGGUGUUAAGUAAUGCAAUAUACAAAAGCGUGGAGCACAGGGUGAUUGUUAAUUCAGCCAAAGAGAGAGUGUCCUUAGCAUUCUUCUAUAAUCCAGGAGGUGACAAACUUAUUAAACCUGCAGAUGAGCUUGUGACAAAGGAUUGUCCUGCCUUAUAUUCUUCAAUGACAUUCAAUGAGUAUAGAGCUUUCAUUAGAACAAAGGGUCCUUGUGGCAAAUCUCAAAUUGAAUCACUUAAAUCCCCUAGAUAAUUAAAUUAUUUUCCUUGUUUGAAAUGUUUUUAUGUUAUGCUAUAUUAUGUUCAUCUUAAUGUACAAAGGAAGCUCCUAAUCACUAGCAUGCUUUUACUUUCUUGAAAAAGAAAAAAAAAAAAGAAUAUGAGAUAGACUCAUUAUUCUCACAUGCAUCUGCUAAAUUCAGCUUUUUAAAGCUAAGGGAUUAGGGAUUCUAUUCUAUUUUGUUUUCUUUUUUUGGCAACUAGGAUGCAUAUGUAUCAUAUGUAUUUUGUUGGAUUUCCUCUGUUAGAAUUUUCAUUUCUUGUAUGUCUAGAGAUAAGUUUUCAUGUUCUUAAUUUAUUGAUAUUAAGUAGAAAUUAGCACCUCUUGCAAAA